AUGGGGAAAGCUGAGAUAUGGUUAAUCAGAACAUACUGGGAUUUUGAAUUUCCACGCCCCUUCUUGCCCAACUUUGAGUUCGUUGGAGGACUUCACUGUCAACCUGCAAAGCCGUUACCAAAGGAAAUGGAAGAAUUUGUUCAGAGCUCAGGGGAACAUGGAAUCGUGGUAUUCUCUCUGGGGUCGAUGGUCUACAACCUAAGUGAUGAGAAAAGUAAUAUGAUUGCCAAAGGCCUCAGCCAAAUUCCACAAAAGGUCCUUUGGCGGUACAAAGGGAAAAAACCAGAGGCUCUGGGCUCCAACACCAGGAUUUAUGACUGGUUACCCCAAAAUGACCUGCUUG